CUGUGAGAUGGGGCCCCUUGAAAACCUGUCCAUACAAUUUAAUACACAGAGCUCCAGCCCUUGAAAACCCUAAAAUUCAUAGAGAGACACCAGAACUCACCUCUGAAAACAGAAAUGGCCUCCAAAACCCAAAGUAACCCUGAAAAAAAGUUCUCGGAUACUCCAUAUGAGAUUGAAAAUUGCAGAGGAGUACUCCAAAUCUUCAGCAAUGGCUCCAUAGUCCGCUCUCCACAGCCAAGCUUUCAAAUUCCUGUAGAAGAUGAUGGUUCAGUCUUAUGGAAAGAUGUCGGAUUCGACAAAGCCCUCGAUCUCCAUCUUCGCGUCUACAAACCAUUAUCUCAUGAAAAUAACAGACUACCCAUAUUCUACUACUUUCAUGGAGGUGGGUAUUGCAUAGGCUCAAGAACGUGGCCAAAUUUUCAUAACUUUUGCCUCAAGCUCUCAAGAGAACUUCCGGCCAUUGUAAUCGCGCCGGAUUAUCGGUUAGCACCGGAAAACAGGCUUCCAUCUGCCAUUGACGAUGCAUUCUCAGCCGUCCGAUGGCUUGCAACAGAUGGCAUCACAGAUCAAUUCCUCUCUCAAACUGCUGACUUCGGACGAGUCUACAUUUCCGGGGAUUCGGCGGGUGGCAACAUUGCCCACCAUUUAGCUGUAGGCCUAAGUGAAGGGGGCCAUGAAAACCUGACCAUAAAAGGGUUUGUGCUCCUGAUGCCAUUCUUUGGUGGAGUAGAGCACACAUUAUCCGAGGCCACGUGUCCGCAAGAUGCAUUCUUGAAACUUGAUCUGAACGACCGUUAUUGGCGGUUGAGUUUGCCCGAGGGCACGGAUAGGGACCACCCACUUUCAAACCCGUUCGGGCCGGGUGCGAAGGAUCUCGGCUCGGUGGACUUCAUUCCCAUGCUUGAUGUGGUGGGGGAGAGGGAUUUGUUGAGGGAUAGAGGUGUGGAGUAUGGAAAGAGGUUGGUGGAGAUGGGUAAGAAGGUGGAGGUGGUGGAGUUGAAGGGGCAGCAACAUGGGUUCUUUACUAUAUAUCCGAACUCUCAGGAGGCAAAGGAGCUUAUGGAUAGGAUCAGGGCCUUUAUCGAGGCUAAUGCUUAGUCAAAUUUUCUUUUUUAUGGGUUCAGGGUGUGCUUAUCUUGGUUUUAUAGACGGAAAUGACUGGUUUUCUGUUGAAAUGGGGGUCCAUUUUGUGGUUUUGGAAGAAGGUUGUCAUGCUUUGAUGAUCGUGGUGGAAAAUAAAAUGGGGUUUUGAUUGUACGAAUUAUAGAAUUAGUUUUUAUCAUCAGGGUUUUAAAAAAUGUUAGAUUGAAAUCGUGCAAUCUGAAUCGAAAAUCGAUUGAAUUGGU